AUGUGCACAGCGACGCCGCCAUCUGGAGGACCCGAUGCGUCGCUACCCAAUCCUGCACAACCAAAUUCUUUACCAGCGGUGGAAACAUUAAGUCAACAAGGGGGUGGAGCCCCAGCAGCGAGCUCCAACGCACUCACUGCCGGGGGAAACGUUCCUCCCGGUUCCCAAGUAAAUAGCGGUGAACAGGGUGGAGCGACUCAGCUUCAAGCCACCCCCAAGAAAGCCGAGCUGCAGUCCUCUCUGCUGAAGAACUUCACGGGGGUGAAGGUCACUGGCCCCUGCGACACAGAGGUAGGGCUGUACCUCAUUCCCUACAUCUACAUUUCUGUGAAUGCCAAAACGGACACCAUAGAGCUGUCUACCAGGUUCCCCAAUUCGGACAAUGUGCUGGUGCAAUUUAAAAAGGAAGGCGAAACGUUGACUAACGUAUGUGAGGGAAGCUCCGAAAAGACGUUUAAGUUUAUAAUGCACCUGGAGGACAGCAUACUGACCCUCAAGUGGAUCGUCAAUCCGCAGAGUACCACAGCGAAUAAAAACAAAGCUGACGUGAAGAAGUACAAAGUACCGGAACUGGAAAGACCCAUAACUUCGAUUCAAGUCCAUUCAGUCCUAAUCCAAGAGGACACCGUCAUAUACAAGAGCAAAGAUUAUUCCGUGAAGACUGACAUUCCAGAGAAGUGCGAACAAGUGGCCAGCGCCUGCUUCUUGAGUGGCAACACAGACAUAGAGAGCUGCUACACGUGCAACCUGCUGAUCCAUAAUGAAGACACGAGUGACAAAUGUUUCGACUACGUGUCUUCAGAAUUUAAGAAUCAGUUUCAGGACAUUAAAGUGAAGGGACAGGACGAUGAGGAGUCGAGCGAGUACAAACUUGCGCAGGCCAUCGAUGCGGUGUUGAGUGGAAUCUACAAAAAGGAUCAGAAUGGGAAGAAAGAGCUGCUCACAUGGGGAGAAGUGGACCCAAAUGUGAAGGAGCAGAUAAGUAGCUAUUGCCAUUUGCUGAAAGACGUGGACGCCAGUGGCUCUCUCGAAGUCCACCAGAUGGGAAGCGAAAUGGACAUCUUCAAUAACCUCAUCACUUUGCUGCAAAAGCACUCGGAGGAACAAAAGGCAACGCUGGAAUGGAAGCUGCAAAACCCAGCCCUCUGCCUCAAAGAUGCGAACAACUGGGUGGUGAAUAAGAAGGGAUUACUGUUGCCCCUUUUGCAAAACGGUGGUAGUGCUAUCAACUUUGGAGAGAGUAACCACGUGGAAGAUGUGAAAAAAGACAACCUCUCAACCUACCAGGAAGGGCCUGACGGAGUUAUAGACUUAUCGGUCGUUCACCAAAACGCACACGCUUCUUCCACUCCGUUCACCAACCACAUGUUUUGCAAUUCGGACUACUGCGAUAGGGCGAAGGACACUAGCAGCUGCAUGGCCAAGAUUGAGGUGCAGGACCAGGGCGACUGCUCUACUUCUUGGUUGUUCGCCUCCAAGGUGCAUCUGGAAGCCAUCAAGUGCAUGAAGGGGCACGACCACGUCGGUGCAUCUGCUCUUUACGUGGCUAACUGCUCCAACAAAGAAGCGAAGGACAAGUGUCACUCACCCUCUAACCCGCUGGAAUUUUUGAACACCCUGGAGGAGACAAAAUUCCUGCCAGCCGAGUCGGACCUCCCCUACUCCUACAAAGCGGUGAAUAACGUCUGCCCCGAGCCGAAGAGCCACUGGAAAAAUCUAUGGGAAAACGUGAAACUUCUAGGCCCCACGAAUGAGCCCAACUCCGUGAGCGUCAAAGGCUACACUGCCUACCUGAGUGACCAUUUCAAGGGUAACAUGGACGCGUUUAUCAAAUCGGUAAAAUCCCAAGUGAUGAGCAAAGGAUCCGUCAUCGCUUAUGUGAAGGCAGACGAUCAGAUGAGCUACGACUUGAACGGGAAGAAGAUCCUCUCCCUAUGUGGAAGCGAAACACCCGAUCUUGCCGUCAACAUAGUAGGCUACGGUAAUUACAUAACCGCUGAAGGGCAGAAAAAAUCCUACUGGUUGCUGCAAAACAGCUGGGGUAAACACUGGGGAGACAAGGGAACCUUCAAGGUCGACAUGCAUGGUUCAGCUCAUUGCCAGCACAACUUCAUCCACACCGCCGUUGUCUUCAACCUAGACGUGCCCCUCUCCCAGUCGCCCGCCAAAGACACGGAACUGUACAGCUACCACUUGAAGAGCUCCCCCGAUUUUUACAAAAAUUUGUAUUAUAACGCAGUGGGUGGUGAGAAGGGAAGCGUGCUGAGUAACGCCGUUCAGGGGCAGGACACUCCACAGGAGGAAGGAACAUCACCGGGAACAGCGGCGGAAGGAGAAGGAAGGCCUGGACCUGUCGGUCCAGGAGGACAACAACCUCAGGAGCACGCGUCUUCCGCAGGGGGUCCAAAUUCGAAUGAACAACAACUGGAUGUAGCAAGACAACAACAACAGGAAGGAGCAGAAAAAGAGUCAUCACAGCAAUUACCGCAACAACAACCAUUAACGCAAUCACAGCAAUCAACGCAACCAGGAGUAGGGGGAGCGGCGUCCACCCCUCUUUCUCAAGGCACACCAGGGCAGGCGAACUCCAAUGGAGAAGCGGAAAACGCGAAUAUAUCCCAAAUCAUUCACGUUUUGAAACACAUCAAGAAGACCAAAAUGGUGACGAGAAUAGUGACGUACGAGGGGGAGUACGACUUGGGAGACCACUCCUGUUCGCGAACGCAAGCAUCAAGUUUGGAGAAACUGGACGAUUGCAUUAAAUUUUGCAAUGACAAUUUGUCUAUGUGCGAAAGGACUGUUUCGACAGGGUAUUGUUUAACCAAGCUGCGAAAAGCGAACGAUUGCAUUUUCUGUUUCGUGUGA